CCUGCCAAAGAAAGUCAAGUGGAUGUAGCUGCUCGAUUUGCAACAGUUUCAUUUCAAGCGUUCAACCAUCAACACAGAUUUCGGCUGAAACAUUACCGUCCGUAGAAUAUCAGCUUUGUUACGUUUUGUAUGGAUAAAUUUCGGAAAAUUUUUAUUUUCAUAUUAUACAUAAAUAAGUACAAAUACUCGUGCGACUAACAAAAAAAAAUCCAUGAAAUAUUGUUUGAUUUAAGUGGAAAAUUAAAUUAUUGUUAUUAUAGGCAUAAAAUGUCAAUUACAUGUAAAUUUCAGUUGUCACGCAUUUCCAAUAUCUAUUACAGUGGUGAAGAAAUUGCUGGUUCGAUAACAAUAUGUAGUUCAAAACAGCGUCAGAUAGAAGCAAUUAUACUCGAGUUUUAUGGUCAAUCUACAGUACAAUGGUGGGAAUUGGAUAAAACUAAGGAAAAUAUAAUGCACAACGACUACAGUACACAAGAGCUAUCAGACAAAACACUUUACAACAGUCACAAAAAACAUGUUUGCGAACAACUUAAACUGGAUUCAUCGAACUGUAAACAACUGCAGCCACAUGUUGAAUAUACAUUUGAAUUUUGUUUCGCAAUACCCCAGCAAGUGGCGGCAACAUAUCGAUGUCUGUAUGGUCAAACGGAAUAUGGUUUGAGAUUGCAAAUGCAGCACGCAAAGAAAGUCAAUAAAGAAUUUCACCAAAGAAUUGUGGUUAAAAAUAAACUGGAUUUAACACAGGAAACAAAAUACAAAGAGCCUUGUGAUGUUUAUUGUGACAACGAAUUUGGCCAAAUUAAUUUGCAAUUACCCUGUAGUGGUUUUACGCCGGGCCAAAAAAUUCCCUAUCAUAUUAAAUGUCAGACAAGUCAAGCAGAUUGCAAAUUGUUAAUACAAUUAAAUUGUUUUACCACAUGUCGCACACAAAGCCAGUGCAGUAAAUAUAAACAAAUUAAGCAAAUUAUUAAUUAUGAAAAACACCUGUCAUCCGAAUUCACAUCUCAUGUCAAUAUACCCCUACAUAGCCACAUCUCUAGUACAAUUAAUGACCCUGAAUUAAUGAUCAGCAUUGAAUACACAUUGGAAGCAAUUUUAAUUAAUGGUUAUAAGAAAGCUUUGAUCAGUGCAGCGAUACCUUUGACUAUCGGCACAACACCCUGCUGUAGAUUUGAAGGGGGUAUGCAGAGCUACAUGUGUUAUGAUAAUUUGGGUUCCUCCUCUAAUGAAUUGCUUACACCUCCCACUGAUGCUAAUCUUUCGGAUCUCUCCCAUUCAGCUGCCGAUCAAUUGCUUGAAUCAUUAUGGAUUUUACCCAGUAAACGUAAAACACAUUUGAGAAAGUCAUUAAGAUAUUGUUACAAGAAAUUAAUAAAACUAAUUUAACAUUUAAAA